GGGCGGCGCGCCACUUAAGAGCUCAGGGAAAAUCGGCAUAUAUGGGUUAGGGUAGACGCACCCCUGGUCGGGCACAGACCACGCAUUGCAAAUUGGGCUCAGCUCGCAUCACAGGCUUCACGCGGUGAACAGUGAACGACGACGGGAACAACGCUUGAUUCUCAGCCACAGGAAGUUUUAAACCGGAUCAUAAAUCUCCAACCGCCAAACUUGACAAAAUGGCAUACAAACCCAAGCCCUGGGUGGACAAGGUGUGGCUCGCGUGGUUCGUCCUGCAGCUCCUGGUCAUCUUCCUCGUCGACGCCCUGCAGUUCUACCCCCCGUCCCUCUACGAGGCCGAGGGCAGCCCGCUGCACGCGCUCAAGCGGCUGCACGACCACUACGUCGCCACGUACAACGACCCCAUCGUGCAGUGGGAGCUGCCCGGCCGGCCCUGGACGCGCCUGUUCAGCCUCGUCGAGAUGGCCCUUCAGCUGCCGACGGCCGUGUACGGCGUCUACCUGCUCGGAGGCGGAGGCGGCACGAGCCACGGCGACGAGAUGCUCUUCUUCGUGUACGCGCUCGAGGUCGCCUUCACGACGCUCGUGUGCGUCCACGACGUGGCAUACUGGGACGACGCCGUCUACUCGCUGCAGCAGAAGCAGGUCAUUUGGUUCCAGCUGUACGGGCCCUGGCUGCUUAUUCCUUCCAUCAUGGCCGUCGACAUGUUCUUCCGUCUGCGGACUCGUCUGGUCGCUUCGGCCGCUGGGACCGAGAGGAAGACCAAGUGAUUGAUGCCUAUGCGAGCAGUGUCGGUCACAAAGCUCGAUAUGCCAUGCGGAAACCUCGGGAAUCUAAAGAGCAAAUCCGUGGCGCUGCUAGAUCUAGAAAGUUCCAUAAUAUCGUGCGUAGCACAUGCACACCGGAUCCUGAAAACUCCAGCCAUGACCUACCAAAGGCCAUCAAAUAAAGCCAUACGAGAAGCAUUCCGUGCAUCCGACCCAGUCUUCAAAUCAUCGCGUAGUGGUACAAACGACAUUCUAAAG